AUGGGCGCCACUAGUCUUGAUGCGGCUGUUUUAGCAGUAUCUCGGAGCAAGUGCCUGGCAGAAGCAUCUCAGCCUGGUACAGUCGUAGGACAUUGGACUAUCCCCCAGAUGGACAUAGAGGUUCUGAGCAGUGAUUCUCACUGGCUGGUUGGUCCAGGGGUAGUUUCACUGGACUUGAAUCCAGAAACAGAGGACAAAUACAAGUUCCAAAGAAAUAUCCGCAAGGAGCGCAAGGAGCGCAAGGAGCGCAAGGAGCGCAAGGAGCGCAAGGAGCGCAAGGAGCGCAAGGAGCGCAAGGAGCGCAAGGAGCGCAAGGAGCGCAAGGAGCGCAAGGAGCGCAAGGAGCGCAAGGAGCGCAAGGAGCGCAAGGAGCGCAAGGAGCGCAAGGAGCGCAAGGAGCGCAAGGAGCGCAAGGAGCGCAAGGAGCGCAAGGAGCGCAAGGAGCGCAAGGAGCGCAAGGAGCGCAAGGAGCGCAAGGAGCGCAAGGAGCGCAAGGAGCGCAAGGAGCGCAAGGAGCGCAAGGAGCGCAAGGAGCGCAAGGAGCGCAAGGAGCGCAAGGAGCGCAAGGAGCGCAAGGAGCGCAAGGAGCGCAAGGAGCGCAAGGAGCGCAAGGAGCGCAAGGAGCGCAAGGAGCGCAAGGAGCGCAAGGAGCGCAAGGAGCGCAAGGAGCGCAAGGAGCGCAAGGAGCGCAAGGAGCGCAAGGAGCGCAAGGAGCGCAAGGAGCGCAAGGAGCGCAAGGAGCGCAAGGAGCGCAAGGAGCGCAAGGAGCGCAAGGAGCGCAAGGAGCGCAAGGAGCGCAAGGAGCGCAAGGAGCGCAAGGAGCGCAAGGAGCGCAAGGAGCGCAAGGAGCGCAAGGAGCGCAAGGAGCGCAAGGAGCGCAAGGAGCGCAAGGAGCGCAAGGAGCGCAAGGAGCGCAAGGAGCGCAAGGAGCGCAAGGAGCGCAAGGAGCGCAAGGAGCGCAAGGAGCGCAAGGAGCGCAAGGAGCGCAAGGAGCGCAAGGAGCGCAAGGAGCGCAAGGAGCGCAAGGAGCGCAAGGAGCGCAAGGAGCGCAAGGAGCGCAAGGAGCGCAAGGAGCGCAAGGAGCGCAAGGAGCGCAAGGAGCGCAAGGAGCGCAAGGAGCGCAAGGAGCGCAAGGAGCGCAAGGAGCGCAAGGAGCGCAAGGAGCGCAAGGAGCGCAAGGAGCGCAAGGAGCGCAAGGAGCGCAAGGAGCGCAAGGAGCGCAAGGAGCGCAAGGAGCGCAAGGAGCGCAAGGAGCGCAAGGAGCGCAAGGAGCGCAAGGAGCGCAAGGAGCGCAAGGAGCGCAAGGAGCGCAAGGAGCGCAUUCCCCAGGUUCAAGUCCAGUUAGGUUUGGCAAUUGUCUCACCCAAAUAA